UUGCAAACGAUCUGUACAAUCGGUUGUGAAUUAUUAUUUAAGGAUCUAACCAUGGUACACCAUGUAUAAUGCCAAGGCUGCCGAUGAGGUGUAUCUGAUCCCCAACUCAAGUAGCAGUUUACGUCGUGGUACAUAUGGGCAAUUAUUAUUGAUAUCGAGUUUCUUAUACCUUUGCCCUAUUUUGGACGUCAUUUUAGUUUGGUGGUCGUCAUCAUCGCAGAUAGCCAAUGCAUCAUCAACUCUUUUCAAGUUUUGUGUAGUGUCUUACACAUGUGUCAAUGUUGCCACUAGUUUGACGGGGUUUGGUGGAAUGAUAUUCAAGAAUGAAUCGGCUUUGAAUGUGUCGUUGGUUUUGAUACUUAUGGAGAACACCUUGACGUUGCUGUGCACGACUACGGUUACAGUCUUCAUACUAUUUGGAUCAAACAUAUUCUCGAUUCACCAUGCUCCUCCAUUUCUGCAGUAUAUGGAAUCAAAUCGCCGAAUAGGUGUAUUGAUCUGUUUGCUUUUGAUUUGGGUUCGCAUAAGUUACUACUUUUUGAUAUGGGCUAUUACUGACCUUGAGCAUAUGUACCAUGGUGACUGCAAGAUAUUGAAGCGUUCUUCUAUGUCUGGUCAAGUACCACCUGACGAUGGUAUCACUAUAGACAUCAUUACUGAAUGACACGGCCAAUGGCAACUUAAUCAUUAGGCAAACAGUU